AGCUUAUAGCACAUUGGUUUGGUAUAUUGUUCAUUUAAUUUGUAGAAAUGUGCGGCGUAAUUUUAAUAAUAUUACCAAUAUUACAUUAACAGAAUAAAAAGUAAAUGAAAUAUUUAUUAACAGUGAUAGAUUUUGGUAUUAUUAAAUAUGUUUUAUCAUUGUGGGAAGUGUUGGAAAAAGUAUGCUAAUUAAAAAUUUGUGUUUCUAACCUUCAAAAGUACAAAAACUAUUAAUUAUAAAAAUGGAUUGUCAAUUACGUUUAAUUAUUCACAAUAAGAGUUCUGUUUACGACAAUCUCAUUUUAAUGCCUCACUGUUUAAUUUCAAAUAAUACAAAAGAAAAUUCCAAAAGUGAAAGCUAUUUCUGUGAUGAUAGUUUAUCUAAAUAUAAUCCAAUUCCUGUGAAUCGAAAGGGACUUUGUUCAUUUUUGGUAUCUGCUUAUGUUUCAAACUUGCAGAGAUCUGAUAUUUUUAGAAAAUCUGCAUUUAAAAUCUUAAAUUUAUUCAUAAAGGAAAAUUCAUCUCUGCAAGAUAAUAAGAUUGUCUUAAUAAAAUUGAGAAAUCCGAGAAAAUAUUUUAUAGAUUACGCAUGUCUUCUCCCAAUUUUCAGGAAUGAAAGAAUAACACAAAUGACGGCAGAAAAAAGAGAAAUUGAACAUGCAAUGUCUUGGUUAUCCACUUUAGGAGGAGCCUUUUCUGCCUUGGGGGAAGAAAUUCCUUAUUGUGCGGAAGUAGCUGGAAAAAUAUCAUUAAAACAAUUUAAGUUGGCUUACCGUUUAGGCGAUCCGCUUUUGGUUGCUCGAUGUAAACUAUAUGCAGCAUUGAGUUUAAUUCAAAGAGGAAAUCUUAAGCAACCAAAACAAAUGUUAAAAGCUAUCUUUCAAUUUGCCGUCAAUCAAAAAGAUGUGCGUCUUCAAAAUAUGUGUAAUGGAGUGUGGGCAAAAUUAAAAUAUUACCACGACAGAAGGAAACAAUUAAAGCCUUAUUAGCUGUAAAAUUUUUUAUAG